CAUUAGUGUCAUGAGAAGUUAUGGAAAGAAAAGGAGGAUUCAAGAGGCUGCCAAUGUGUUUGAGAGAAUGGAUUUUUACAAUUGUGAACCUACUAUUUUCUCUUAUAAUGUGAUUAUGAAUAUUUUGGUGGAGAAUGGGUAUUUUGAUCAGGCACACAAAGUUUAUAUGAGGUUAAAAGAGAAAAGGAUUGCACCUGAUGUGUACACUUAUACAAUUCGGAUAAAAUCAUUUUGUAGAACAAGUAGACCGCAUGCUGCUCUGAGGCUUCUGAAUAACAUGCCUGCACAACAAUGUGAGUUUAACUCAGUAGCAUACUGCACCGUGGUCAGUGGAUUUUAUGAGGGAGAUUAUAGAGGGGAAGCUCAUGAAUUGUUUGAUGAGAUGCUAAGCCUCGGUCUAGUCCCUAAUGUCACCACAUUCAAUAAGCUAAUUCAUACCCUUUGUAAGAAGGGAGAUAUCAGAGAGAGUGAGAUACUGCUAGACAAGGUUCUCAAGAGGGGUGUUCUUCCGAAUUUGUUUACAUUUAACAUCUUCAUCCAAGGUCUGUGCAAGAAGGGCUUACUCGAUGAGGCUGCAAGGUUGUUAGAUGGUGCAACGGGGGAUGGUCUUUCCCCGGAUGUCGUGACAUAUAAUACACUUAUAUGUGGCUUGUGUAAGAGCUCUAAAGGGGUUGAAGCAGAGAGAUACAUGAAUAAAAUGGUCAACAGUGGGUUGAAGCCUGAUGCUUUCACCUACAAUACACUCAUUGACGGGUACUGCAGAAUGAAUAUGGUGCCAAAGGCAGAUGAGAUUCUUCAAGAUGCAACAUUGAGGGGGUUUGUGCCCGAUGAGUUCACAUACUGCUCCUUAUUGUGCAGAUUGUGUGAGAAUGGUGACUUUGAGAGGGCUAAAAGCAUGUUCAAUGAAGCUCCUGGAAAAGGUAUAAGACAUAGUGUUAUACUAUACAAUGCGUUAAUCAAGGGGUUUUGUCAGCAGGGACUCAUUUUGGAAGCCUUGCAGCUGAUGAAUGAGAUGGAGCAAAAUGGUUGCAAUCCUGAUAUCUGGACCUAUAAUAUAAUGGUAAAUGGCUUUUGCAAGAUGCGUUGUUUAACUGAUGCCAGUAUUCUUAUUGAUGAUGCUAUGAACAAAGGCCUCGUUCCCGACAUAUUCACCUUUAAUACUUUGAUUGAUGGUUACUGCAAGCAGCUGAAGAUUAGUGAGGCACUUGAAGUUGUUAAUACCAUGUGGGAGCAUGACAUUACUCCGGAUAUCAUCACCUAUAACACUAUAUUGGACGGGCUCUGCAAAACUUCAAACUCUGAUAAUGUGAUGGAAACAUUCAAAGCGAUGGAGGAGAAGGGUUGUAGACCAAACAUCAUCACCUAUAAUAUACUCAUAGAGAGUUUUUGCAAAGCUCGACAACUAGACAGAGCUUUGGAGUUGCUUGAUGAGAUUCAGCAAAGUGGUUUGCAACCAGACAAAGUAACUUUAGGCACCCUGAUAAGUGGAUUUUGUGAAAACAACGAUUUAGAUAAAGCCCAUAUAUUGUUCAGAAGAAUGGAAAAGGACCAUAGACUUUGCCCAACAUUAGCAAUGUAUAAUAUCCUGAUUAAUGCCUUUUCUGAGAGGUUAAAUGUGGAUAUGGCACUGAAACUAUUUCAGGAAAUGAGCGUUCAGGGAUGCCCGCCGGAUAUAUACACAUUCCGUUGUAUAGUGGAUGGUUUCUGCAAGAUUGGGAAUGUUGAUUCUGCGUAUUACUAUCUUCUUGAUGGUAUCAAGAAAGGCCUCAUUCCCUCCCUAGGAACUUUUGGACGAGUGCUAAAUUGCUUGUGCGUGAAGCAUAGAUUGCGUGAGGCAGUUGAAAUAAUAUACGGUAUGGUGCAUAGGGGUGUUGUUCCUGAAGAAGUGAACACAAUUUUCGAAGCAGAUAAGAAAGAAGUUGCAGCACCUAAAAUAGUUGUGGAGAACUUGUUGAAGAAUUCACAUAUAACCUAUUAUGCGUAUGAACUUUUGUACGACGCUGUCAGAAAUAAGAAGCUGUUGAGGAAAAAGGCUAAUGGAAAAAGUGGUUCGGAAAAUAUGCGUCCUUAAUUAUUUGGAGAUUUCUGUGUGAGAGAAGAUCAGUUGCAUGGAGAAGAUUCUGAAGCAGUUGAUAUAGACCAAGAGUAAAUGGUAAUCUCAGCUGGAUUCGACCGAUCACCUGCUAGUGUGUUUCAUACCUUCACUGGGUGACUGAUACUUCCCUUCAUGCGGCUAGAUUACAUUCAUGCCAGCCUGAUAGGCCUGCAGUUGCCUGGGCAACACAGGAUCUCAUCGGGUUCUCAUAGCCAUGGUUGAAAAUGGCACGAAUGAUGGACCUGCAACGCACGCUCUGACAUUUGUGUGGAAUGGAAAUGAGAGGGAAGAAGUAUAUCUGGUGGGAGAUUCCACUGAGAGCUGGAAAGAUCCAUAAAGGUGGCCCAAGACAUGAAGUUGAAAUUAGACUUCCUCAAGGGAAGUAAGUUUAGCUAAUUCUCUUUUUUUAGAAGGGAAAUAUUACUAUAAGUAAUACUACUACUACUACUUAUAUUUAUUUUUAAUAAUAUUGUACACAUAUGUCGAAAGGAUGUCAUAAGAAUGUUGACAUAAGUUGAACCACUCCAAAACAUUGAAAUACAAAGCAACAUGCUAUUAAAUAUCAGCUUCAA